CAAAUUCAAACUUUUAUAAUAAACCAAUCAUAACAUAUAUCUCGGGAUCUAAGUAACAAUUUCCCAAUGUUUUUAAAUCUGUGCAAUUUCCAGAAACUACUUUGUAUCCAUAGCAACUUCUGGUAUCAACAACAACAUCAAUAUAGUUUCAAAUGGGGUAAUAGACUUAGACCGAAAUAAUCGUUUUGUAUUUUGAUUUUAUAUCAUUUUGCUAUUUGAGAAUUGAUUUUUCUAUACAAUAUCGUUACAUUAGAACAUGUCCUUGGUUGAGAUCGUGGAACACAACGAAGUAAUUUACACAAUCCUCGACAAACCACCACCAGAGCCUCCCAAAACUCCGAGAUACCAAUCAAAACUUGAGAAAGAGCUUAAAGAAAGGAAAAUCCCCCAACUUCGCCGUACUUUUGGAUAUGCUGAGACACCCUUACCACCACCAGACAAAUUCUUAAAGAAAGGAGAAGGCAUUGGUCAGCCGGUUAAGAAAUCUGACCACAAAUGUGUGACCUCCGGUAAUCUGCCUCCAGUACCUAAAUGUCCACCGCCAGAAAAGAAAAAAGAGAAAACCCAGGUUAAUUUUAAGGUCAUGAAUAUAAAGAAAGCCAUUAAAGUUAAGGGGAAACCCGUCGAGCCAAAACUCGUGGACACCAGAGACGGUCACAGAAAAACAAUAAAGGGUUCAGGUGAAGUGCCAGAAUAUUGCCUAAGACCGGAUUUCGGGAAAAUGCCGGCGUACUUAGUGAAGAGGAAUAGAAGAAUCCAAAGGGAACUGGACAAGAUACGUUACGCCGAGGAGAACAAAGAGAGUCUUUGUAAGCAGAUCAGCGAGGAAGAGAGGCAGAAACUACUUCAGGAUCUGAAACACAACUGGCAGUUGAUGCAGAAGGCGUUCCUGCAGUUGCCCAUGCUCACGGACACAAUCCCCAAGAUACUGAAGAAGACCAAAAUGGAGAACGAGCUGCGACAGCUCGAGAAAGAUAUCGCUCUAGUGGAAAGCAACCCUUAUAUUUAUAUUUACGAAUAGGUAGUUAUGA